AUGGCUCUAAACAAAUACAUGCACCCAAGGAACAUUUAUAAAUCGCCCCCAAACUUUACAGAAUUAGCCAUCAAGUAUCCUGAAUUCCUGGCUAUAUCCACUACUGGUCUCGAUGGCAAAAUAAAAAUUAAUUUCCAAGAUGCAGUAGCUUUACGAAUUUUAACCAAAGUGCUCCUUAAAAAGGAUUUCGAUUUAGAUAUUGAUAUUCCAAUUGAUCGCUUAGUACCUGCAGUACCUUUACGAUUGAAUUAUGUACUGUGGCUGGAAGAUAUAAUAGAAGUUUUGGAAAUAGCUAAGGAUGAAAUUAUUUAUGGAAUUGAUAUAGGUUGUGGAGCAACAUGUAUAUAUCCUUUAUUGUGUAAUCAAAAAAAUAAGUGGAGUAUGUUAGCUUCUGAAAGUGAUGAACAAAGUUUUGAAAUUGCUAAACAAAAUGUAGAUAAAAACGAUAGGUCAAGAUUUAUUCAAAUACAUCAUAACACAUCAAAUAACAUGUUAUUAGAUCUACCCCUUGAUCCUAAUCAAACAUACACAUUUACAAUGUGCAACCCACCGUUUUUUGCAUCAGAUAAAGACUUGGACCAUAUUAGCAAAGCUCGAUCAAACAAAAGGCCUCCACCAAAAGCAGUUCAAACUGGAAGUGAAAAGGAAUUGAUUGUUCCUGGAGGCGAAGUAGCUUUUGUUCAAAAAAUUGUUGAGGAAAGUGAAAAAUUGAAGUCAAGAAUUCGUGUUUUCACAACAAUGUUAGGUCAUAAAUCCAGUGUGAAUCCUGUUAAAAAUUUAAUUAGAAAUGUAAAAGCGAAACAAAUAGCCCAAACAAGAUUUUGUCAAGGUAGGACGAUGCGGUGGGCCAUUGCCUGGACUUUUGAAAACUAUCCAUUACAUAAAGUUCCUGACUACUCACUUGCACUAAAACCAAAUACACAUUCACUUUUGUUUAUAAUCCCAAAAUUUGAAUCUGAAGAGGAAAAUAGUCAGUAUACACUGCAAAAUGUUCAGAAAAUAAUUGAGAAAAUCCUGGAUAAAUUGCAAGUAAAUUUUACAGUAAUUGAACAAUUAUCAUCAAGAAUAACAUAUGAAAUAACUGCUUUCAAAAACACAUGGUCACACCAGAGACGUUUAAAAAGACAACAAAAAUUAAAAAAAAAUGAGGACCUACCUUCUAGUAGCAGCUGUGAUACUAAAGCGCUAGACAAUGGUCCUUGCAGUACAAAUGCAGGUUUGAAACGUCCACCUGAUGCAGAAAAUGAAGAAAUAUCAAACAAAAAGCCAAAAUUGGACCUAUAUUUAAAAAUGGCAAUGUCAAUAGAACAAGAUUAUCUUGAGACCUACGAUGAUUCUGGUGAAGAUAAACUUGAAGUCAACGGUUCUGUUGAAAGUGCAGACAUAAUAUUAAAAUUAGGAUUUCUGGAUGGCUCUGCUGGAAAAGAUGGAGUACAUCAAGUUAUGCAAUAUAUUAUAAAUAAUUGCCAUGUAUUCAUGUGA